GGUCCAGGGCAUCACCUCCCAAGAGCCUGAUGCUCCCAACGCAGCCCCAUCCUCACAUGUGUCUUUUGCUUGUCCUGUUGGGAAGGGAGGCAGGUGCUUGAACCCACCCCAUGGCACUGCCAAAGCAGAGGGGUGUCCUGCUGCCCGCUCCCAUUGGGAGCAGGCGUGGGCCUUGUGCGAUAAUUCCUGAUGCUCAUUAUUUAUAGAGCAGCCAAAUUGAAUUAUUAAUAGGGAAAAUUCAGAUAACGUCCCCACUCCUCGGUUUGUAACAGUUUCCCAUUAAUAAGGAAAAUUGGAAAUUUAUCACUACAUCUGCUCAUUAAAACUCACUCUGGUUUUCUUUUUCUUUGGGUGUCUCAAAUGAAAGGCGAGGAAUAAACGGCGAGGAAAAAGCCAUUUAUUCCCUGCUUCUCGGGGCAGAGGCAGCCCAGCGUUAAAGUCUCUGCUGUUGGAUGUGGAGGGGAAAGCAGCCUAUAAUAAAGCAGCUUUUCAGCCAUGUCCGUUGUGGCGUUGCUGGAGUCUAGAACAGAUCCUGGGAAUCGCAUCCUGCUGCUUCUCUUUGUAGGGCUCUGUGGGCUGUGGGGUAGAUCCCGGCUUUCCCUCCCUCCCCAGCAGCUCUCCUUGCUUCCAGCAUGUGUUGCUCCCGGCUCCGAGGAGUGAAUGUUAGUGCCUCUCCUGCUUCUUUCAGAGAUGGCGGAUUCCUAUACCUAUAAAGGUGGAAGGAAAACUGCAGGCUCUCACAAACCCGCUGCCAGCAAGGAAAGCAGGACAGAGACAAGGAUAAACCCACCGGGAGAGCUGCCCAAGCUCGGGAAUGCAACCAGUGACAAAUCCGAAGGCAGGAAGAAAGGACGACCCAAGGCUGAGAACCAGGCACUGAAAGACAUCCCUCUCCCCCUGAUGAACCAGUGGAAGGACGAAUUCAAAGCCCACUCCAGGGUGAAGUGUCCCAAUGCAGGCUGCUGGCUGGAGUUCCCCAGCAUCUAUGGCUUGAAGUACCACUAUCAGCGCUGCCAAGGGGGUGCGAUCUCCGAGAAGCUGACGUACUCGUGCUCGUACUGCGAAGCUGCCUUCACCUCCAAGACCCAGCUGGAAAAGCAUCGGCUCUGGAAUCACUUGGAUCGGCCCGUGCCAACCAGCAAAGCAGAAAACAAAGUGCCCAAGGCUAUUGGGAAGAGCAGUGGCAAGAAAAGAGCUGCUGAGAGUUCAGCUUGCCCCACCAUCCAUCCCAAACAGGCAAAGACGGACAAAGCCCCGGGCCAGGACCAUGCGGAGAAUGGGGAGUGCCUGGUGGAGAGCCGGGAGAGCAAGGAAUUCCACAUCGCCGGAGCCGAGGCCAUGGCAGCAGCCACCCCAACGGCCAGGUCCUCCAGUGGCAAGGACACCAUGCAGCAGGGGGGCAGCCAGGCCUCGCUGCAGGAGGAAGACCCCGAGAGGAUGAAGCACAGAAGGAAACAGAAAACUCCUAAGAAGUUUACGGGGGAGCAGCCGUCCAUCUCGGGGACAUUUGGACUCAAAGGGCUUGUCAAAGCAGAGGAUAAGGCAAAAGCUCAUCGGGCCAAGAAGCUGGAGGGGAGCACCAGCGUGGAGGAGCUCAAAAAGAAACCUCUAGGAGCUGCUGUGAAGAAGGAAGCUGUGCAUCUACCAGCAGCAAACCCUGAGGACCAGUGGCAACGGGAGAUCAGCGAGAAGGGAGAAGUCGCCUGUCCAACCUGCAGUGUUAUAACCAGGAAAACUAUCGUGGGGCUCAAAAAGCACAUGGAUGUGUGCCAGAAACUGCAGGAUGCCUUGAAGUGUCAGCACUGCAAAAAGCAGUUCAAGUCCAAGGCUGGGCUGAAUUACCACACCAUGGCUGAGCACGUCAGCAAGCCCGUUCCUGUGGAAACCACUGGCCUUGGUGAACAGGAAGAGAGGGAAAGGCUGAGGAAAGUGCUCAAGCAGAUGGGAAAGCUGAAAUGCCCCAACGAGGGCUGCGUGGCCAACUUCUCCAGCCUGAUGGGCUACCAGUACCACCAGAAGCGGUGUGGGAAGCAGCUGGCCGAGGCCGACAAGCCCGUGUUCAGCUGCCCGCACUGCGGCAAGAAGUACAAGUCCAAGGCUGGCCACGACUACCAUGUGCGGUCAGAGCACACGGCCUCGCCUCCGGAGGAGCCAGAGGUGAAGCCAGAGCCUGGUCCCAUAGAAGAUUUUGAGCGGACCCCGAGCGGCCGCAUCCGUCGGACGUCGGCACAAGUGGCUGUUUUCCACCUUCAGGAGAUAGCAGAGGAUGAGCUGGCCAAGGACUGGACCAAGCGGAGGAUGAAGGAUGACCUGGUGCCUGAAACAAAGCGGCUCAAUUACACCCGACCCGGGCUUCCAAAGCUCAACCCCAGGCUGCUGGAGAGCUGGAAGAAUGAAGUGAAGGAGAAGGGCCGCAUCAACUGUCCCAACAACUGCUGUGAAGCCAUUUACUCCAGUGUCUCGGGGCUGAAGGCUCACCUGGCCAACUGCAACAAGGGGGACCACUCGGUGGGCAAGUACCGCUGCCUCCUGUGCCAGAAGGAGUUCAGCUCCGAGAGCGGGGUCAAGUACCACAUCAUCAAGGCUCACUCCGAGAACUGGUUCCGGACCUCCUCAGAGGCCAGCCGGAAGAAGAAGAGCAGGGAGCAGCUUUCCUGCAGCAAAGAGGAGAAGAAGAAAAGCACAAACGGGAAGAAAAGGGGGAGGAAACCCAAGGAGAGGCCUCUGGAAACGUCCCCCAAGGGCAGAGAGAACGCGGCAGCAAAGACUAAUCACAAGAAAACCCUGGAGCACUGGGAAGGCUCCAGAGGCAGCCCCGAGGGGGACGAGCGUGGCCCCAAGCCCCCGAGCCAGCGCAAGGCAGGAGCCAGUAAGAUGCCUGAGAAAUGAGAAGCUCAGAGACUCCUCUCCGAGGAUUCGUUUACAGCCCAGGGUAACAGGGUGGGGGGGUCCCGGUUUUCUGUCCCCCCCCUUCCAAUCCCCCCCCCUCCAU